AUGCUGGGGAAAUUUGUGAUAGCCUACAUUUACAACAUUCUAAUCUACUCCCCAGAUGAAGAAAUUCACCACGAGCAUGUCAGGUCUGUACUCUCCUGCUUGCUUCAGAAUCUCCAUCUCCAUGUCAAAGCAGAGAAGUGUGAGUUCCAUGUCAACCAGAUCUCAUUCCUAGAGUACAUCAUCAACUCUGAGGGGAUGAGCAUGGACCAGGUGAAGGUUUUGGCCAUCACAUCAUGGCCCACUCCCAUGUCAGUAAAGGAGUUGCAAUGCUUUCUGGGCUUCACUAACUUCUACCAGCGCUUCAUUCAGGGUUUCAGCAUUAUCGCUGCCCCUCUUACCUUGCUUCUAAAGAACGGACCACGUCACCUCCAGUGGAACCCUGCAGCUGAAGAGGCUUUUAACCAGCUCAAAGCAGCAUUCAUGUCUGCUCCUAUUCUUCAGCACCCAGAUCCUACUACCUCUACUUAUUGUAGAGGUUAA